AUGUUUUUGAAUGAUUUUCCAACAGAAAUAUUAAAUGAGAUAUUCACACAUUUAUCAUUUAUUGAUCUCAGUUAUUGUGCUAAUGUUUGCCAAAGAUGGAAUUCAAUUAUUAUUGAUUAUAAUUAUCUGGCGACAUUUAAUAUUGAAAAGGAGAUGAAAAUUUCUCAUAAAGAAUAUGAAAAUCAAUCUGCUUUUUGUAGAGAAUCGAUUUAUCAAUCAAUGACGUCAAAUUUAUUUACAUUUGUACCAAAUUUAAAAUAUCUACGUAUUGUUGUUAAAAAACAACAUGAAGAGUUAAAAAUAGCAAAACAACUUUUACAAGUACAAGGUAAAACGUUAGAAAAAAUAAUUGUUGAUAGUCCACCAUAUUCGAAUAAUCAACCAGAUUACAAUUUUUUUGAUGAUAAAACUGAUUUAAUUCGUGAUCUAACAGAUGAACUUAUUACGCCAAAUCUACACGAAUUAAUUUUGAAUGCUCGUUUACCUAUUGUCAGCAUUUGGAAUGACAAAUCAAGACAAAUUAUUAAAAAAAUUACAAUUGACCUUGGUCAUCAAAGUCAAAGUAACUGUUGGUCAUGGUUUUAUAGUUUUGAAUACUGGUUAAAGUUUUUCCAAAUGUGUGGGGGCAUGAAAAUAACUGAUAAUAGAACUACAAAGGAUCCAUUUUUCAAACCAUCAGAGGUACAAAUUGAUUCAACAAAUGUAAAAUCAUUUCCACUUGUUGAAUAUUUAUCAUUACGAACAAAUAUAUUCCAAAAUCAAAAUGAAUUUGUAGAAUUAUUAUUGAAAAUAUUUCCAAAUGUAAAUCAAUUUGAGUUAGAAACAUGGAGUGUAAACUAUGCAUAUACUAUGGAUGUUAUAAUAUUCAAUCUAAUAAAUUUACAACAUUUAAAAGUACGUAUUUGGUGGUGUUGUGGAUGGAAAUAUCAACAUUAUAGUUUAGAACAGUUGUACAUCAAUGAUAUUAUUCUCUUUAGAAUUAUAGCCAAAUUACGAAAACUAGUGUCAAUUGAUUUAGAAGGUCAUCUAGAGCUUUCUGACAGAUGUUUAAAAAUUUUGAACACUAAUAGAAAUCUAAGAAAUAUUAUAUUGAAACAUGGUGGUAUCACUGGACAUACAAUAGAAGAUGAAUCACAUGAACAACCAAUAAUUCAUUUUAGUGAAAAUGCUUUCAUAGAAUUUGCUAAAAAUCAUCCAUUAUUAGAACAAUUAGAAAUGAAUGUUGAUCAAUCAAUGGUACUCUCAAUAGAGUUUCUCACUAAAUUUAUUGAACAUUGUCCAAAAUUAAGAAUUUUAAAACUAUAUGUUAUUGAAAAAGAUGUAUCACUAUUAGUAGAUGAUAAAUUCAAAACCUAUUGUCCGCAAUUAGAAACUUUUUAUGUUGGAAGAUCAAAAGAGUAA